AUGGAAAACAUCAGCAGCAUCAGCGUCGCCAACGGAAUUGAGAAGUACGAACCAGCGCCGCGUGGUGAUUCCUUGCGGAAGUUACGCAAUGGAGGGAACAGCAACAGUACAAUGGAUCAGUUGAAGUUUAUAUUCUCCUGCAUAGUCGACUGUCUAACGUUUCUGGUUCUUGUCGUACCAAUCCUGUUGGGAUACGUUUUCCGAUGGUUCGUGCCCCGCCAGAAGAAAGAUAUCACCGGCCAGCUGGCGCUGGUUACCGGUGGAGCGAACGGGCUUGGCCGCGAAAUCGGGCUGGAGCUGGCCCGCAAAGGCUGUAAUGUUGCGGUUGGCGAUCUGGAUAUGGCCAAUGGGGAAAAAACGGUCGAAGAUUUGCGCCGACUGGGUGUGAAGGCAGAAUUGUUCAAGGUUGACGUUUCGGAUUUCGACUCGGUGCUGGAGUUGAAGCGACAGGUGGAGAGUACACUGGGACACGUGGACAUUCUGGUUAACAAUGCCGGUGUGCUUCCGCUUAUGUCACUACGCGAGGGCAAACCAGAGGAUCUGAAGAAAGUGAUGGAGAUUAACCUGUUGUCGCACUUUUGGACCAUACGAGCCUUCAUCGAGGGGAUGUCCCAGCGGCGGAAAGGUCACAUUGUAGCGAUAGCAUCAGCAACUUCUUUCCUGCCGCUUGGUCGCGUGUGUUGCUACAUUGCCUCCAAGUACGCCGUCCGGGGUCUGAUGGAAGCCUUCAACGACGAGCUGUUCUUCGAUGGCCUGCAGGACGAGGUUUUCACCACGGUUGCCUAUCCGCCGUUCAUGAACACCCGCCGAGAUUUGAUCGACACGCUGAAUAAGAUGAAUAUUCUCGGAAGGGUGCCAAUUAUGUCGGCCAAACUGAUGGCUCGCGCCACCGUCGAUGCCAUGUUGCGAAAUCAGCAACAUGUUUUCCUGCCAAAGUACCUGGGUCUACUGUUGGUUCGAUAUGAACACAUCCCGCGCGAAGUCAGAAGACUUGCCCGCAAGAUUAUGUUGAAAACAGACAUCCCAAAAUUGAUCCCCAAUGCGAAGAUUGAUUGA